AUGGAGGCCAAGCCUGCUGUCACCGUCGACGAGGGCUCGCUGGCUACUCUGCCUGAUCCUCCUGCCCGUUCCUUUGUGGGCAAGGUCAAGCGCGGCGUACGCGCGCUCGGCACUAGAGACGCUUGGUUCGGCGACCACAAUUAUGUUGCACUCUUCACCCCGACCGUUCCGUUCCUGUGCAAAGCCGACACGACCAGUUUGCCUUUCUACUCCGUCAACGCACGCCUCCCCAUCUUUCUCGCAUGUAUUUUGGGCGUUCAGCAUUUUUUAGCAAUGGCCGGUGGAGUUGUUACCCCUCCUUUGCUGAUCGGUGGCUCGAGCGGCGCCAACUUGGGACAGGAGGACACGCAGUUCCUCAUCGCAUCGACCCUAAUCUGGUGCGCGUUCGGAACGGCACUCCAGGUCUCGCGCAACCGCAUCUUCAAGACAAAGUACUACAUCGGCACGGGCAUCAUCAGCGUCACAGGCGCUAGUUUCGCCACCAUCUCAAUCGCGCUCUCGUUCUUUGCACAGAGCUAUGCUAACGGAUACUGCCCUACGGGCGCCAAUGGUGUCAAGCUGCCGUGCCCGCAGGCAGUGGGUGCGUUUUUGGGCACCUGCUGUCUCUGUGGCUUGAUCUCAAUCGCUAUGGCCUUCAUCCCCCCCAAGGCCAUCCGAAAGCUCUUUCCCCCGCUCAUCGUUGGUAUGAUGCUCACGCUGAUCGGCGCUUCGCUCGUCAAGUCGGGCAUCACCAACUGGGCAGGUGGCUCGGCUCCGUGUGCUACCAACCACGCCAUCAAGUGCAAGAUCGGAAGCCGAAUGCAAUUCUGGGGCUCAGCGCCGCUCAUCGGACUUGGCUUCACCAGUUUCUUCACCAUCAUCCUAUGCGAGAUCUUUGGCAGCCCCUUCCUCAAGUCGGCAUCCGUAUUCGUCGGUCUCGUGGUCGGAAUGAUCGUUGCCGCAGCUACGGGCUACUUCAACACGACGCUCAUGCACAAUGCUCCCGCAGGCUCGUUCCUGUGGACAAAAACGUUCCCCCUCUCGAUCAAGCCCGAGCUCAUCCUCCCGCUUCUCGCUGCCUACGUCGUCAUCGUCGCCGAGACCGUCGGCAAUGUCACUGCCUCUUGCGAUGCAUCUCGCCUUCCAAUGGACGGCACCGAAUUCGAGUCGCGCAUUCAGGGCGGCAUGCUGGCGGAUUCGAUCUCUGCCACCCUUGCAGGUCUCGCCAUGGUGCCUCCCCUCACCACCUUCUCGCAGAACUCGGGCGUGAUUUCGCUCACGCGCAAUGCAUCGCGAACUGCAGGCUACAUCUGCGCUGCCAUGCUCUUCCUCGCGGGUAUCGUCGGCAAAUUCUCCUCCCUCUUCGUUGCCAUGCCCUCGAGCGUGCUUGGCGGAUUCACCACUUUCCUCUUUGGCUCGGUUGCCGUGGCCGGUAUCCGAAUUAUGGCGUACGCCAAAUGGGACCGACGCGCGCGCUUCAUUGCCACGAGCGGCAUGAGUCUGGGUCUGGCCAGUCUCACCGUGCCGAGCUGGUUCUCGUACUUCUUCACUUACUCCGGUAGCAAUGCCGGACUCAAAGGUCUGAUUCAGGCCAUCGUGCUCAUCGUCGAAGAGCCCUACCUCAUCUCGAGUCUGCUGGCGAUCCUGCUCAACACGAUCCUCCCCGCAGAGCCCGAAGACGAGCAGGCGUCGCAAUUGCUCGAAGACGACGCGGCCUCCAACAGUGGAUCUGACGUCAAGAUCGACUCGGAUCAGCCGGCUGCCGAGGUGCCGGACUUGGAGAGCGGUGCUCCAGCCACAGAGGCUGCCAAGAAGGCAUGGAACCAACCCGGAACUUUCUUUGGCCGAAAAUAG